CUACUCGAAGGUCUAGAGAAAUCGAUCAUCUACAUCUUCUUCAACAUCAACUCCAAUCAGGGAUUUCGGCGGCUUAAUCCCACCAAAUUAGUGAAAGUAGAAAGCAACCGAGCUUGAGUGGCAUCCACCUGGGCGUUUAAAAUCUCACAAACGCCUGAAUCCAACUCGAUGAAGAUUUCUUCAGCUCACCGCACAGUUUCAACAAAUCCAAAUGAGGUUGAGCUUCGGGGAGCUAAUACUUCUGCAUCGAGUUCAAGAUUCAUUGGCAUCAACUCUAAGUUACAGACAGUACCAUCAUCACUUUGUAAUGCCUGAUGCUAUUCAGUCUCUGGAGGAAAUCUUCCACUUUUACAGGCCACUACUUGAAGAGGUUCAUGAUAGGUAUGGUGGCUUGCUGAUCCUUUCAUGUCCCCUCUUCAAGGCUGCUGAUCUCUGGAUGAUUCUGCACAUGAUUGGAAUUAUUUAUAUGUUGCUCAAUGAUCAUCUUCUGGUUCUUGUCAAAUGCUUUAGUGAUCCACUCUUUUGUGGAUUCCUGUUUGUUGUUUUCAUCAUUUGUAAUAGUUUUCUCAACUUGUGACUGCCCUUUAUCUGCCAUAUUUUCUUUAUCAUGUUGUUGUAGUUCACCCUCUCCUAUUGACAUACCCUGUUCCUCCAUAGUAGAUAUAUCAGCUAGAGCAGCAAAAGAAUUGCCCCUAUUUACUCCUUUAA